AUGGGCAUGGUUCAUUUAAGUAAACAAACUAACACUUCUUCCGACUGUUACACCUAUGUAUUAGCCGUCUCGGUGCCAGUUCACCCAGCCAAGGAAAAGCCUCCGAUCAACGUGGUGGGAGAUGUUGGCGGACGGAUUGCCAUCAUGGUGGAUGAUCUCAUUGACGACGUUCAGUCGUUCGUGGCUGCCGUGAUGGAAUAUCUGGCCGCUGAAGUUCUGGAGUUGGCAGGAAACGCCACCCGUGACAACAAGAAAACCAGAAUUAUCCCACGUCACCUGCAGUUGGCCAUUCGCAACGACGAGAAGUUGAACAAACUGCUGUCCGGAGUGACCAUUGCUCAGGGUGGUGUCCUGCCAAACUUCCAGGCCGUCCUGUUGCCCAAAAAGACCAAAAAGAAGGCUUAA